UGACAGUUGAAUGAAAAAGCUAACGGUUUGUUUGGUUUGUUUAUUAUAAACAGCUGUUUUUGUGUUAUCGGUUGUUUUGGUGUUGUUGGUUAAAUACAAACAAAAAUUCGCGUUUACGAUAAUAAUUGUUAACUGCCUAGAUCCAAUUGCACAAAUUUAUCCUUGAUAAUGGCUCGACGAGGAGGAAAACAGAAUGAAAACUCUGUUGAGCGCUUAAUGCACAUCAACUACAACAAUGAGCAAAGAAGUCUCAAACCAGGACACUGCAAUAAGUUCCUCCACGCAAUCAUUGAUCCGGGAUUUCUUCAGGGCGAACAUGGAGCUAGUAUCCUGUCUAAAAUCAACCAAUUGAAUCUCAAGUACGAGAUCAAACCGCAACGGAUGCCACGUGUUAUCACCUUCUACCGCUCCACACAACAGAGCCUAACGCAACAGGGCACAAUGACCGACAAGAAGGUUGAUCAAAAGUUUAUGAUUUACCUCAUGUUGGGCGGAGACUUGGUUCGUCACGUCAAGGAUCGUAAUCUGAUGGCGAAAGUUAAAGAAGUUCAAGAUCUCUACCCAGGAAAAACGGUAUAUCUUCUGGUGUACGGAUUAAUUGCCUAUUGUCGCAACAACAGAGGAUGCGUUGGCCGCAGGGAAACGGAAAUGGUGCUUACGGAGCUGCAAUUAUUUUCGGGAUGUUCGCAUUAUCGGACGGAAACCGCCGAGGAAGUGGGUAGCUUCGUGGCUCAGUUGGGAAAGAGCUUGGCGGAGCUGCCUUACAAACAGCAACAGAAUGAAAAGUACAGCCUCGAAAAUAAAUAUCUGGGCAACGAGAAGAAAGGAUGUGUCCGGGUGGAGGGCACAGCAGGAUUGCGACAACUGUACCAAAAUCAGCUGGUUAAAAUCCCUUCGGUUUCGUUGGAGGUAGCGGAAGCCAUCAUAACGGAGUAUCCCAGCGUGCAACGGUUGUAUAAGGGAUUUAGGCUUAAUGGUCCAAAUUUGUUGGCAAAUGUUGACGUCCGUCGAGCGGGUGGACCCAUUACGAGCGCUGUGCGACGAAUCGGACCGCAGUUGAGCAAAAAGCUGUGCACGGUCUACAGCAGCGUGGAUCCCAAGCAGACGCUGUAGGUUGAUUUUGAUUUGUCUUAUCUUUAAAUGUCUGAAACAAUAUGUGAUAUAUUAGAUGAAUUACACUUGAUAUUUUAAAAUUACAUAAAAAAAAUUGAUCUGCCUUGGAAAAUCCCAGUUAGCAUGUGUAUUGUUAGCAUAGUAAGCCUUGCUUUUUAUGUGUAGAAAUAAUCAUUCUUAGUUCGCUCCUCUAACCGAUCAGUCGAGUUUACUCUGCUAUCAGAUUAUCAGGCUAUCAGGCCGUAGUACGAGUAACCAUAGAAACGGCCGAUCAACAAGCCGAAGAACAUUUUUUCACUCGAGAUUUAAGAAGAUAUAUCAAGACGGAAGAAACAAAACCAGGCGUUCCGGAGGCGGUGGUAACCAAAACGGAAGUGGGAAUCAAGCCAGAAGCGGACACGAUGGUAAUGGAAGACGAAGUAAGGAAGCUGGCGGAAGCGGGGGAAACCAACCCGGAGGAAAAGCGGAUGUUGCUCCGAGGCUUCCAGGUGGUGGUAUGGUCUCUCAUAUCGGUGGAAAAAUUAAGAGGACGCAGAAACUACGUUUCGUGGGCGUUUGCCAUGAGGAUGCUAAUGAUCCGCGAAGGAACGUGGCAAACGUUGGACCCUCCAGAGGGUACCGAGGUAAACGUGGAUCUGUCGGAGUGAGCUCUCGCGACUAUUUGCCGUAUAAUUACAGCCUGAUUCAGACGGCAAAGACGGCACAAGAAGCAUGGACAACUUUGAAGACGGCAUUCCAAAAGCACGGUAGGACACGGAAGAUCAACCUGCUACGUAAACUGACACGUUUGGAACUGGAAGAUUGUUCGUCGGUGGAAGAGUACGUGGACGAAAUAAUGUUCACAAGCCACAAGCUCGAAGAAAUCGGGUUUAAGCGACAACGACACAUGGCGUCUGGUCAAUCUACCUCCAGGAUGGAAGACGUUGAAGAACAAGUGGGUGUUUGUUCAAAAUCAAGACGAACGCAGAUGGCUCCAUUGAACGAUAUAAGGCGCGAUUGACGAUCAAGGGCUAUUCGCAAGUCAAGGGCGGGGACUACCAGGACACGCACUCUCCCGUCGUCCGUUGGGCAACAGUGUGUUACCUCAUUGCAUUGCGGCGAAGCUGAACCUCGAAGUGCACUAAAUGGACGCGGUGACUGCAUUCCUGCAGGGCAACUUGUAUGAGGAGGAGAUAUUCAUGGAUCAGCCUGAAGGAUUCAGUGACGGUAGAGUACCAACGAAAGUCUGCAAGCUGCAGAAAGCUCAGUACGGCCUAAAGCAGGCCUGAAGAGUAUGGAACCGGAAGUUGGACACAAAGCUCAAGCAGAUGAGGUUCAAGCGAUCUAUGUUCUAUAGUUGUGUUUACCAUCGGAUCGUUGCAGGAAAGCUCGUCAUUAUAGCAAUAUACGUGGACGGACGAUUAUCUCAUUCUUUCGAACGACCAGCAGUUAGUGGCCAGUAUCAAGCAGCAGCUAAGCGCCGAGUUCGAAAUGAAGGACUUGGGCCCAGUUAAACAGGUGUUAGGGCUACGGGUGACCAGAACGAACGGCGCCGUGGCAAUCGACUAGGAACGCUAUAUUGACCAGCUGUUGAAGAAGUUCAACAUGAUCGACUGCAAUAAUGCUCCUACGUGCUCCCUGGACGUGAAUCAGUGGCUCACGACGGAAAUGGAGAAACAAAGGAGAAGAUGAAAUAUGUUCCAUUUCGAGAGCUAAUCGAUGGACUUCAUUUCAUUGCGCAGUGUUCAAGACCGGACAUCAGCCAUGCGGUAAGUUUGGUAUGCAUACAUACAUACAUUUAUUUGUUCAACAUCACAUUUAAGACAAGACAUAAUCAACAAUAGUACGACACAAUACUCGGUUUGUGGCUGCCGCUCUCUAUCCUCGGUCACGUCCAAUGCUCGCCAGAUCACGCUCCAUCUGGUCCGCCCAUCGUGCUCUCUGCGCUCCACGCUUUCUUGUGCCAACCGGAUCAGUUGCAAACACCAGCUUUGCAGGGUUGUUGUCCGGCAUUCUUGCAACAUGCUCUGCCUACCGUAUCCUUCCGGCUUUGGCCACCUUCUGGAUGCUGGGUUCGCCGUAAAGUGCAGCGAGCUCGUGGUUCAUCCUCCUCCAAUGUCCAUGUCGUCCGCAAAGCACACAAAUUGACCGGAUUUUGUGAAAAUCGUUCCCCGGCUCGUCGCAUCACACCUUCCAGAGCGAUGUUGAAGAGUAGGCAUGAGAGUCCAUCACCUUGUCUCAGUCCCCGGCGAGAUUCGAAUGAACUGGAUAGUUCACCCGAAACCCUUACGCAGUUUUGCACACCGUCUAUCGUUGCUUUAAUCAGUCUAGUCAGCUUCCCAGGAAAGCCGUUUUCGUCCAUGAUUCUCCAUAGCUCUGCGCGGUCGAUACUGUCGUAUGCCGCUUUGGAGUCGAUGAACAGGUAAUGCGUUGGGACCUGGUAUUCACGGCAUUUCUGAAGGAUUUGCCGUACGGUAAAGAUCUGGUCCGUUGUCGACCGGCCGUCGAUGAAGCCGGCUUGAUAACUUCCCACGAACUCAUUCGUUUUAGGUGACAGACGACGGAAGAUGAUCUGGGAUAGCACUUUGUAGGCAGCAUUCAAAAUAGUGAUCGCCCUGAAGUUCUCACAUUCCAAAUGGUCGCCUUUCUUGUGAAUUUAUCUGCAGUUAUUGCAGUAAUCCCGCGCACUGUACAGCGGUUUCAUUUUCAUUUUAAUUUUCAUUUUGCAGCAUUUGGUGGGGCAAUGAGAGCGCAAGUCAGUCCAAAGCCGAUGAUAAGGAGGGGUAAUGGCUGAAUAGUCUUUGCUGACCACAAAAACGCCAUGGGAUAGGCCAAAAGGGUAUUUUGGUGUGGGAUUAGGGUAGUGGUGCUCAGGCUGGAGGAUACCGCGGGCCAAAUUAGCAAUUCGGGAUCGACCUGCGGGCCGCAUAAAACAUCGAUGCGCAAAAACAACAAAAAGAACAAUUCUAAAGCAUAUUUAUUAAAAAUCUGAACUGUUCAGAACUUGUGUAAGGGUCAAACUUUAUAAUCUAUUGCCAUUCGUGGAGUUCAAUUUAGAUUCAUAAGUUUGGUUUAGAAAAACGUUUGAAAUUCAAACAAACAAUUUAGAAGUUGCCCCUAGAAUUGCCUUGAAGUCACUUCAAGAACUUGUCAAACAAGAAUUUCUUUUGAAUCGCUCCAAAAAGGUUUGCUGGAUUUUUCCUGAAAUUUCUUGUGGAGUUGCUCCAGAAGGUUUUCGAGAAAUUUCUUGAAGUUUCUCUUAGUUUUUCUAGAAUUCUCUUGGAACACCUCCAAGAACUCCUCUAAGAUUUGCCUUUGGAACUGCCCUGAAGCAGAGCGUUAAUGAUUAAUCAUAAAUUUAAUCAUGAAGAAUGAUUAAUGAUUAAGAUUAAUCAAAAAUCAUUAAUCAUAAUCACUAAAAUUUCUUAUUUAAUCAUUAAUCAUUAAUCUUAAUCACACUGAUUUUGCACUUUAAUUAAUAAUCAGUAAUCAUAAUCAUAAGGAAAAAUAAUUAAUCAAUCAUUAAUCAUUCAUUACCAAAAAUGAUUCACCAUAUAAAAUAUAUGAUCCAACUUGAAUUGGUUCAAAUGCUGUUCUAAGUGUGAUUUUUUUUUCAAAAAUCUCCCUGACAAAGUAACUUUUACUUUUGAAGCUUCAAAAAUAUUUUAAACAGCAAAAACCUUUUAAUCAUUUACAGUUUUUGUGAUUGAUUAAUCAUGAUUUUUAAUCAAUAAGCCGUUUUUAAUCAAUAAUCAUAAUCAAUAAUCAUAGAUAAAACCAAUUUUAAUCAUUAAUCAUAAUCUUUAAUCAUCCUAAAAAUCAAAUUAAUCAUUAAUCAUAAUCAAUAAUCAUAGAAAUUAGAAUUUAAAUCAUCAAUGAUUAAUCAUGAUUAAAAAUUUUGUUAAUCAUGAACGCUCUGC